AUGGAAGAAGAUCAAGUAAUGAAGAAAGUAGAUGAAGAAAAGUAUCCAGUACAUCAUGCAGUCUUCAAAUCAAGAGUAGAUAGAUUUCCAAAACUGCGCAAAAGAGAUGAGGUACCGGAUUCAGGUGCUUACGAAGUUUUUUCAGCCUUCAAAGCUAAUCGUGAUAGAUGCGAUUUCCUUUGUCGACGAUUAGCUCCACCCUUCGGCACUCGCGCUAGUCGGUUGCCAAUGAUACCAGAAGACGAUUUCCAUGUACCAGGUCCAGCACACUAUGAUCUCAGGGGAGAUAUAUCGAAGAACGUGAAAAAUGGCGUAAUAUAUUCUGCUCCACGUGAAAAAAAGAUGGAUAUCAAAGGGCCAGGACCAUCACGCUAUCACAUACAUCCAUACAUUGCGUCAUCCAUUUUGAAAAAGUCAUUUAAUGUCACUCUUGGUCAACCAAAGACCAUACAAAGAAUCAAUGAGGUCCAAACUCCUUGGCAACGUCGAAAAUCGAAGAAAAUUCUUCGUUGGUUUGCUUUAUCCCACGAAAAAUAUCAACAUUGCAAAAGGGAAUUCAUUUGGGAUUACGCGACAUACGUGAAUCCGGUUAUCAUCCAACGCAAUGCCAUGGCAGCUGACACAUAUCACAAAUACAAGAAGGAUACUCAAUCGGCAACAAAUUUGAAAGCAAGAAUAACUAUUGGUUCAAUAAAAAUAUAA